AGUUUUUUUACUUUAAGGGAUAGGGAGUUAUAAUGAAAUCACUACAAACAGUAGGUUAACCCAUUAACGAAAAAAUCCAAAAGGUUUAAAUAUCGAUUUGAAAUUAAAUGCGACUGUUUUAUUUAGGUUGUUUUUUUAAAGUGAUCUAGUAAUGGCACAUAAUUAUUUUAGCUAAAAUUAACAAUAUAUGAUGUAAUAUGAGGAAACUGCCUUUAGAACUCAGAGGACUAUAAAGUAAAAUUUGAUGUCGGUGAAUAUCUUUCGAAAUGAAGCGCAUAAAUAUACAAGUUUUAGCUCUGAUUUUCUCUUCGUUGCAAAAGAAAAAGUAGCGAAGAAUCUGGCUUUGGUUUUGUGUGGAAUUCGCUAAGAAAAUUGUUUUGGCGGAGUUCUGCAGUGAUGACAACCCAAAUAUGCUGAACUGCCAACGCUGCUGCUUUCAAGAUACCAAUUUCCCUUUUCAUACCAUUCGACAUAACUUCAAUACUGAAACAUCUGUUGCAGUUCAAAAUUAAUACCAUUUUUUAUUAUUAUUGAGUGGUUUUGAUUCUAUUCAUAUUUAUUUAAUGCUGGUACAAAAACAUUUUAGUAAAUCACUUAAAAAAUUACUUUAAACACACAUUGUGUGGUAGUUAGUUCACAAGUGUUAACCGCAGUUUAAAUUGCCCAUUCGCAAUGUAACGAUAAUGUCCAGCGCUCGAACCGAAAAUUUAAAACAAAAAUCAAAUAAUAAUAAAAUAACAACAACAAAGUAAAUUGGUAUCAGAAAGCAAUUAUGCAUCGGGGUCCUGCUUAGCUGACCACAAAAACCGCUUUCACAGCACAGCAGUCGGUCCUGUACUGUCGUCUCCAAGUGUGCACACUUUUAUAAAUACAUACAUAUGUAUAUACUUAAGAUUUCACAAAAAUACAAACAUGUGAAAGAAUCUGCAGGCAACAUUGCUACAACAGUUGCAAUUUCCAAAGGCUCUUUGGUGGCUCGGGAAUAAUUAUAAGCUAAGCGAUCCACUUUCAUGGUCAAUUGUACGCCAAACGCUGCACCGAGCAGUUCAGUUAGUCCAGCUAAAUUUUUUGAUAUAAGGACAUAAAGAGUAUUAUUCGAAAAUUAUUUUAAAAUAUUGGCAAAGUGUAAAAACUGAAGAAGAAACUCAAGAUUAGAUAACAAUCGUACUGCAAGAAGAAUUCUUCAUAAGGAAAUUACCAAAAAUGUUAGCAUGGAAAGUGUGGACAAUGAUUUGGCUAUUGUGUCUACAUUCUACACUGCAAAGAGAAGUGGAUAAUGACAAUGAAUUGAAUCAUCAAUUGCGAGGCGUCAUCCAGUGGAAGUAUGACAAACGUCCAUUUUGCAACGCUUUUACUGGUUGUGGUAAAAAACGUUCAUCUCUUCCAUACCCUUUAUGGAAACGCACUGAGUUAGAUGAUGUCAAAGCGUAUAACAAUGACGACGACAUGUCGGAAGGGCUGAGCGAUCUCAUUGACAUAAAUGCCGAACCAGCUGUGGAGAAUGUACAAAAACAAAUUAUGUCACAAGCCAAGAUAUUUGAGGCCAUCAAGGAGGCGAGCAAAGAGAUAUUCCGACAGAAGAAUAUGCAGAAACUGCGUCAACGCGAAGCCAAUCCCGAAGCAGUUGAAGGGGUUUAGGUGAAUAACAAGAAGUCAGGCAGGGAAUUAAAGAAUAUUUGUGUAUUUGUGUGACCAUAAAAAUGUUGAUUCUUUCAAUCGAUUAGACGUAGUUUUGAAAAUACAAAUUAAUUUGACAAAAU